AUGCUCCAACUCGCCUAUGCUCGUAUGGUGGCCGGGGUAAAUGUGGUGAAGUACCACAAGCGCCUCAUGGAGCUGGGCAUGGCCAAGGAGGGCUACGGCACUCCGGUCCUGGCCAUGAGCCUCCUCGACAGGUUCAUGGCUGCCAGGGCUGCCAGCGAACAGGGUCAGAUCAACCCAAAGGAUGUGGAGUACCUCGGGUGGGCGGCACAUUGGGCUGCACUGAAGCAUGCUAGCAGUGCAUAUGGCCUUGGCAAGUGGAUGGCUGAGGACCUGGAGCAAUGGGCUGGCAUGAAGCAGGACAAGCUCCGUGAAUUUGAGGUCAUCCUCCUGUUGGGGCUUGGGGAGGAGAAGCCAAACAGCGAUGGGGGUUCAGGCGAGGAAGGGGAAGGGGGGGGACGGGAAUGGGGCCGUUUCCAGCCAUGGAGCUUGGAGAGACCCACCAGCUACGCCUUCAUCGAGCCCUUCCUUGCAGUUAUGGGCAUUCCACUGAACAGUGACCAGGGCAAGUUUGCGGAGAACGCCCUGAUGACGUCACUGUUCUGGGAUGGAAUGGCGGCCUAUGCCCCAUCCAUGAUUGCUGCUUCAGCAGCUUUCAUGACCCUCAAGUGGAAGACCCCGGACGCCCCCUACCCUGACAACCUCCAGAAGGUCUCCAGCUACAGCCAGGAGGAUCUGGCCGAUUGCCUGGCCCACAUGGAGAAUCUGCACCGCCGCCACUCGAGGUACAGGGAGGGGAGAUGGUAG